AUGCCAUCUCAACCCGUAAAAGAUAUAAACCUCCCCAAAUUCGACGAACUUCCUCUCGACCUCAGUCACCCACCUCAUUCAGCAUGGUACCUCUGGGGCAAAAAUGAUCAACUAGGCUGUCUGAAUCUAUUGACGCCAGAACGAGUAGUACAAGCCGCUACGAACGAGAUCAAAACCGGCAUCUCAGUCGGAUUGAACUGGGGCAUGGACCAGAUGAGAGUUCCGCCUUUCUAUAGGACGAAACUUGAACACGAGAUCUUCGGUAUUGGGGAAUUUAUCAAUGAUGAUAAACUCGAGUUCAACACGCAGAAUAGUAGCCAAUGGGACAGUUUUCGACACUGGUCUUUUCCUGACGGACGGUUUUACAAUGGAGUGACACAAGAUGAAGUUCGGGACGGUAUUUCUCUGAGAAAUGGGAUUCAUGAAUGGGCCAAGCGAGGCAUUGUUGGUCGAGGCGUCCUGAUCGAUUUUUACUCGUAUAUGCUAGAACGACACGGCAAAGACUGGGAUCCGUGGAUGUAUCAUAAAGUCCCCGUGUCAGUGAUUGAGGCCAUUGCCAAAGACAAAGAGAUUAUUUUUCAGACGGGCGAUAUUUUAUUUAUACGGACAGGCUUCGUGAAACGCUACCAAACCAUGCCACUCGACGAACUGACCGAGAAAAUGGACCAGCCCGAAUACCACUACCCGGGCCUUGAAGGAUCCAAAGAGUCCCUACGCUGGCUCUGGGAUUCGCACUUCGCAGCCGUGGCCGCAGAUAGCCCUGGCUUCGAGGCCUGGAGCGCCGGACUAAACGAUUCCGACGAACAGUUUCGAAUGCAUGAGAUCGUCCUCAGCGGAUUCGGCCUGCCAAUCGGCGAACUAUUUGAUCUUGAGGCUCUGGCGACAGAGUGUGAGAGACAGCACAGAUGGAGCUUCUUCGUCACCAGUAUGCCGUUGAACGUUCCUGGAGGGGUGGGUAGUCCACCAAAUGCGGUGGCCAUAUUUUAA